AUGAGCGACGAUGAUAGCAUCGACUUUGAUAUUACAAUUUCGGGAUCAAGGCAAUCAGUCGGGAUUCCCGUCACACCACCGCCGUCCGUACGAAAAAAAACAUGGAUCGACCGAGUGCAUAGUCGGUUGGCAUUCUGUAUCCUAUGCGUGUUCGUUCUACUUAUUGUGGUCGGCUUAAUUCUGCUUAUUUCGAACAUCCAAGAACGGCCCACAUGA